CAAUGGACUGUUUUCUCUACGGAACACAAUGGACUGUUUUCUCUACGGAACACAAUGGACUGUUUUCUCUACGGAACACAAUGGACUGUUUUCUCUACGGAACACAAUGGACUGUUCUCUCUACGGACCACAAUGGACUGUUCUCUCUACGGACCACAAUGGACUGUUCUCUCUUUGGAACACAAUGGACUGUUCUCUCUACGGACCACAAUGGACUGUUCUCUCUACGGACCACAAUGGACUGUUCUCUCUACGGAACACAAUGGACUGUUUUCUCUACGGAACACAAUGGACUGUUUUCUCUUAAUGCAUUCACACGGCCAUCGAUAGUUUCUCUUAAUGCAUUCAUACAGGCAUCGAUAUUUUCUCUUAAUGCAUUCACACGGCCAUCGAUAGUUUCUCUUAAUGCAUUCACACAGCCAUCGAUAGUUUCUCUUAAUGCAUUCACACAGCCAUCGAUAGUUUCUCUUAAUGCAUUCACACAGCCAUCGAUAGUUUCUCUUAAUGCAUUCACACAGCCAUCGAUAGUUUCUCUUAAUGCAUUCACACAGCCAUCGAUAGUUUCUCUUAAUGCAUUCACACAGGCAUCGAUAGUUUCUCUUCAUGCAUUCACACAGGCAUCGAUAGUUUCUCUUAAUGCAUUCACACAGCCAUCGAUAGUUUCUCUUCAUGCAUUCACACGGCCAUCGAUAGUUUCUCUUAAUGCAUUCACACGGCCAUCGAUAGUUUCUCUUCAUGCAUUCACACAGCCAUCGAUAGUUUCUCUUCAUGCAUUCACACGGCCAUCGAUAGUUUCUCUUCAUGCAUUCACACGGCCAUCGAUAGUUUCUCUUAAUGCAUUCACACAGCCAUCGAUAGUUUCUCUUCAUGCAUUCACACGGCCAUCGAUAGUUUCUCUUAAUGCAUUCACACAGCCAUCGAUAGUUCCACUUCUCUUAAUGCAUUCACACAGCCAUCGAUAGUUUCUCUUAAUGCAUUCACACGGCCAUCGAUAGUUUCUCUUAAUGCAUUCAUACAGGCAUCGAUAGUUCCACUUCUCUUAAUGCAUUCAUACAGGCAUCGAUAGUUUCUCUUAAUGCAUUCACACGGCCAUCGAUAGUUUCUCUUAAUG